AUGACGUGGAUCAACAAUGUAGUGAACGGUAAUAUUGAAGUGCUUCAUCUGGAGAUCUCUUCCUAUGAUGAAAAUGAUAGGAAAGAGUUGGUGCUUCCUCCUUGCAUUUUUGCUUGUGGAUCGCUGUGGUCCUUGGUGUUUGAAAUGUUUUUUACCGUUAUUAAAGUGCCCACCACUCUUUCCUCUGAUCUCAGAGAUUUGGAGUUGAUGAAUGCUGAGGUAGAGAUUGGGGCCGUCUCUUACCAGGCCACCGCCAUGGGCGAGCCUCCUCCAGCCUGCCCGUGGAGUUUUCUUCAGCCAUUCUCUGACACGAGAUCUUCCUCUUCUACAUCUGAACAGAAAAUUCACAAGGCAAAGACCUUUGCAUCCAUUGUUGCAGGUUCAGAGGAAACCCAAGUUCCUAUCAGCCAACUACCAGCGCCAACAAUUCGUGGAGACACGGUUUAUGUGAAGAUCAAUGAGAGGAUCUAUCAAGAACAAUUAACAGCCUGCCGAAAUAAUUUGAUCGGUCGAUUGCUACUCCGUAAGGGCACUAUUCCAUUGAAAACUGAAACUCUCAAGGCUUCUCUGCAUACUCUUUGGCGUCCGUUGGGUCCGUGGCGUCUGGUCCCCAUUGGGAAAGGGUAUUUUGACAUUCACUUCAACUCUGAAGCAGAUAUGCGCAAAGUUUGGGGCGGUGGGACUUGCACUCUCGAAUCUGGAAUUUUUCGUCUGUCUCAAUGGAAACCUGAUUUCAGGCCUGGUGAUGUGCUUCCCCAAACGCAUGCACAAAUCUGGGUACGUAUUUCAGGCCUUAGUCAAGAGUAUUGGCACCAACAACACAUUCUUGAAAUUGCUCGGGGAGUGGGCACCCCGUUGCAAUUGGAUGCGGCAACUAAGGAACAACGAUAUGGAUAUUAUGCUAGAGUGUUGGUGGAUGUUGAUCUGUUAGGUGCUCUUCCUACGUCCAUUAUGGUUGAAAGAGAACACCUUUGUUUUCCAGUAGGUAUUGAGUAUGAAAACCUACCUCCUCAGUGUUCUCAUUGUGGUUUGAUAGGGCACGAAAGGAAUAAUUGCAGGCAACUAAAGUCCAAGGAAGUUCCUGCGAAACGUAAAGAGGUUCGUCAAGAAUAUCGUAUAAAGAAUAAAUUGCAGGAAACCCAUGUUCAAGAGGCUAGCUUCUCUGACGCACAUGCCAUUAACUAUAUUGACGGUACUGUUGUUACUUUGAAUGCCAUAGAGCAACCUUUGGCAGGUGAUCAAGUUCUCCAUUCCGGUAAUGAUCAAGUGGCUUCGCCUAAUGAGAUUUCCAUUCAGGCUCCCAUCCAAAGUGAUGUUGUUGUGGCUCUUGUAAAUACUGUUUUGGAGGAAGCAGCGGCAGAGGUUAUGGAGGAACAAGCUCAAAGGGUAAUGGAGGAGAAUAAUUCUAACCUAGCCUCUAAUGCUGCAUCUGAUGCUUCGGACACAGAUAUUAGUGAUUCACCUACCCGUACUUGGGGGGAUAUUUUUGAGGAGGAGAGGGUUGAAGGUUUGAUCAGAGAGGCUCCUUCUAGUGCUCCACCACGCCUUGGUCCACCUCCUGGUUUUGUCAAAUCUAAUGUGGCUUCAGAAAUUGAUGUGGUUGCAAGAUUUGUUAAUGGUGAGGAUAUUGAUGGGUUUAUUCCGGUUCUCACUAAAUCACAAAAGAAGUUGGAGAAAAAAAAACAAAAAACCGCUAACGCUUCUCCAGAUCGUAAAACUCCAUACCCAUCAAGGGUUCGAAACAAGCCCCUCCGUCUUAGAUGA